UUGAACGAAUGAUUCAGUUACCAAAUCCUUCUAUCGGGUCGACAUGGGUCCGGGUUCGCUCUCUAUAGCCUUUCCUCCUCUCUCGUCGCCGCCAAUGGCGAUCUCGUCCUGUGCCGGUCUUCACACAAAGGGCUCCAAUCUUCUUCCAGCUGCUGGAGCUGGACAAUGUAAAUACACGGGCCAAUCAGUGAGAGCUCUUCCUAUACGGAUAUUAACGGUUGGGAAAAAGCGCUCCCGUGGGGUGCAACUCGUAGUCGAUGAGUACAUCGGAAAAAUCAAGAACUAUUGCAUUGUUGAUGAUGUUCAAAUACGGUCUAAUCCUAGAAAUGCACGUGAUGCGAGGGCUCAGGUCGAUGACGAGGACGCGGCUGUCAUGAACCUUAUCAGGUCUGAUGACUGGGUUGUGAUGUUGGAUGAGAAUGGACAAGACAUUGGGUCUGAGCAGAUGGCUGAGUUAGUGGGGGAUGCCGGGAAUACAGGAGCUUCUAGAUUAUCAUUUUGCAUAGGUGGACCCUAUGGUCAUGGACGACAAAUGCGCAAGCGAGCUAACUUAUCAAUCAGGUUGUCUACGUUGGUCUUGAAUCAUCAGAUUGCAGUGCUUGUGCUGAUGGAACAGCUGUAUAGGUCAUGGACUAUUCUGAAAGGACAAAAGUAUCAUCACUAGAUAUUCUCAUGAUCUGAACCAUGUCUCAUAGGCUGUAGGUAUUACUGAGGUGGACACUGUCAUUCUACAGCAUAAUGGACACUGUCUUUGAUGUGAUUGAACCUGUGGAUUUUAAUAGUUGCUUCAUGCAUAAUACUUGAAAAGUCUGCAAUAUUAAAAAAAAAAAAAUUAGCAUACGGUAUUGAAAGAUUCAUCUUCUUGGUUAGAAAAGAGUAAACCUAUGUGGGGUGAAAUUUAAAACCGCCUAACCGCAACCGCUAACCGCUAUAACCGUUAACCGCCUAACCGCUUUGAAAGCGGUUAGUAAAAAC